AUGAAGUACAUUCUCGUCUCGGGUGGUGUCAUCUCGGGUAUUGGCAAGGGCGUCAUCGCCUCGUCGACCGGCUUGCUGCUCAAGACGCUCGGGUUCAAUGUCACGGCGAUAAAGAUCGACCCGUACAUGAACAUUGACGCCGGCACCAUGUCGCCGACGGAGCACGGCGAGGUGUUCGUGCUGGACGAUGGAGGAGAGGCGGAUCUCGACUUGGGCAACUACGAGCGCUACCUCAAUGUCACUCUUGGCCGCGACAACAACAUCACGACCGGCAAGAUCUACCGCGAGGUCAUCGAGAAGGAGCGACGGGGAGACUACCUCGGCAAGACCGUCCAGGUCAUCCCUCAUGUCACGGAUGCGAUUCAGGACUGGGUCGAGCGGGUUGCGCAAAUCCCGGUGGACGAGUCGGACCAGGCGCCGGAUGUCUGCAUCAUCGAGCUCGGCGGUACGGUCGGUGACAUCGAGUCGGCGCCUUUCGUCGAGGCAAUGCGGCAGUUCCAGUUCCGCGUUGGCAAGGACAACUUCGCCCUCCUCCACGUCUCCCUUGUUCCUUCGAUCAACGGCGAGCUCAAGACCAAGCCGACUCAGGCGAGCAUUCGCGACCUUCGCGGACUCGGUUUGAUGCCCGACCUUAUCGCAUGCCGCUGCCCCGCCCCUCUCCCUCUCUCCGUCGUGUCCAAGAUCUCCAUGUUCUGCCACGUCGCGAACGAGCAGGUCGUUGCCGUCCACGAUGUCUCCUCCCUCUACCACGUUCCCCUCCUCCUGAAGGCUCAGGGUCUCGUCAAGUUCCUCCAGCACCGCCUGAAGCUCGACCAGAUCCGGCUUCCUGAGCCGCGCGUCGCUCGCGGUACCAAGCUCCUCACGAUGUGGAAGGACUUGACCAUCUCGUACGACCGCCUCUUCGACAAGGUUUCGAUCUGCCUCGUUGGCAAGUACACCUCGCUGCAAGACUCGUACACGUCCGUCAUCAAGUCGCUCGAGCACGCAGCCAUGAAGUGCGGCCGCAAGUUGCAGAUCACCUGGGUGGAGUCUUCGGACCUCGAGAAGGAGGCGCAGCAGGAGCGACCGAAGGAGUUCCACGCGGCUUGGCAGGCGGUGUGCACGGCCAACGGUAUCCUCGUUCCCGGCGGUUUCGGUCUUCGUGGUACGGAGGGCAUGAUCGCAGCGGCGAAGUGGGCGCGCGAGAAGAAGAUCCCGUACCUCGGCAUCUGCUUGGGCUUCCAGAUCGCGGUUAUCGAGUUCGCGCGCGGUGUUCUCGGGCUUAAGGACGCACACUCGGCUGAGCUCAUGGAGACGACGCCCGACCCCGUCAUCAUCUUCAUGCCCGAGAUCUCGAAGACCCACCUCGGCGGCACGAUGCGUCUCGGCCUCCGACCAACCGUCUUCCAGCCCAACACCGAGUGGUCGCAGGUCCGCAAGCUGUAUGGCGACGCCGAUGUUAUCUGGGAGCGUCACCGUCACCGCUACGAGGUCAACCCGGCAUACGUCGAGCAGAUCGAGAAGGCGGGCUUCCUCUUCACCGGUCGUGACGAGCGCGGCGAGCGUAUGCAGGUCGCGGAGCUCAAGGAUCACCCGUACUUCGUCGGUCUCCAAGCGCACCCCGAGUUCUGCACCCGUCCUCUCAACCCCUCGCCGGCUUUCCUCGGCUUCAUCGCUUCCGCUGCUGGCUGCCUCGACGAGCAGAUUGCUGGCCAGGCCAGCUACGAGCCUCCUCACCCCAAAUCGCAUCUCCACAUGGAGAACCGCGAGGUUCCCCAGGUCGAGCUGGUCACGGAGCAGGUCGCCAAGGUCACCGUUGCCUGA